AUGUCUCAAUACAGUUCUACUGAGACUCUCAAGGAGCCCAGAGUCACAGAGCAUUCUGUCAACUCAAGCCCCAGUCUUUCGCCUCAGGAUGAGAAGGACAUUUCUACACCAUCAACGCCGGCAGAGUCAAUCAAUCUCGAAGCCCAAGCGGCUACACCACCACCAUACCAUGUCUUCACUCGAUCUCGCAAGUUGCAGAUGGUCAUCAUUGUCUCCUUCGCCGCCAUCUUCUCCCCACUCUCUUCAAAUAUCUAUUUCCCUGCGCUAUCAGAGAUUUCCAAGGAGCUUGAUGUCUCCAUGUCAUUAGCUACCUUGACGGUUACUGUAUACAUGAUUGUUCAAGGUCUUGCUCCAAGUUUCUGGGGUUCCUUCUCCGAUGUUCUUGGCCGCCGUGUAAUCUUUAUUGGAACAUUCCUUGUCUACAUGAUUGCCAAUAUUGCAUUGGGUGUCUCCACAAAUUAUGCCCAGCUCAUGGUCUUCCGAGCCCUACAGGCUGCUGGAAGUGCAGCCACCAUCUCAAUUGGUGCCGGUGUCAUUGGCGAUAUCACUACCUCAGCAGAGCGAGGUAGCUUGAUUGGCAUCUUUGGUGGAGUUCGCAUGUUGGGACAAGGAAUCGGACCAGUAUUUGGUGGUAUCUUAUCUGAAUACCUCGGAUUCCGGUCCAUCUUCUGGUUCUUGAUCAUCGUAUCCGGAAUCAGCCUCCUUUCCAUUCUGUUUUUCCUCCCUGAAACCCUCCGUACAAUCGCCGGUAAUGGCACUGUUCCUCUCAAGGGCAUGUACCGGCCUUUGAUCUACUCCAUCACCGGACAAAAGGAUGCCCAGGAAGGCUCAACCCCUUCUGCAAAGAAGUCCAACGUCACCUGGAGGACCGUUGUUGCACCUCUCACUUUUUUGGGUGAGAAGGACGUCUUCAUCACAUUGUUCUUUGGUAGCAUUGUGUACACUGUCUGGUCCAUGGUCACAUCUUCUACAUCCGACUUGUUCGAACAGAAGUAUGGUCUCAACUCAAUGGAGGUCGGCCUGACCUUCCUCGGCAAUGGCUUCGGAUGCAUGACUGGCUCUUACACAAUUGGAUAUCUGAUGGAUUACAACCACAAGAGGACCGAGCGCGAGUAUUGCCUGCAGCACAACCUUCCCAUCGACACCCGCAUUAACUCCAAGACACACCCGGACUUCCCCAUCGAAUACGCCCGUAUGCGCAACACCUGGUGGAUCAGUGCAAUUUUCAUUGUCUCUGUUGCUGUCUAUGGUGUGUCCCUCCGCACACACCUUGCACUUCCCAUCAUUCUACAAUUCGUUAUUGCGUAUGGUUCUACUGCCAUCUUCACCAUCAACAGCGCCCUCGUCAUCGAUCUUUACCCCGGUGCCAGCGCCAGCGCAACAGCCGUCAACAACCUGAUGAGAUGUCUGGUUGGCGCUGCAGGUGUCGCCGCCGUGCAGCCUAUCAUCGAUGCCAUCACUGCUCAGUGGACAUUCGUUCUGCUUGCGGGUAUUACCAUCGCCAUGCUCCCACUCCUGAUGGUCGAGAUGCGAUGGGGAUACCAAUGGCGACUUGAACGUCACGAGCGCUACCAAAAGAAAGAAAACAAUGCCUAA